AUGUCCUAUCAAGAAGCAUUGGGUCUGCUCAAGACCCGCGUCAAGAUAUUUUCUCCCAUUGCCAACCGUGGACUGCAGAAGCGCAACGAUGACCUCUCCCGUGUACGACGAUGGGGCAAAGCUCUGGGUCAUGACCGGAAAACCUUUGACGUGAUCCACGUUACUGGAACUAAGGGCAAAGGCACUACUUGUGCUUGGACUCAAGCCCUGAUACAGUCCUAUUUUCAAUCGAAUUCGAUCAACGCCAAGGUUGGGCGCUACACGUCGCCGCAUCUGUACACACCACGCGAGCGUAUUGCUAUCAACUCUGUUCAGGUGUCUGAAAAUGUUUUUGCGAAACAUUUCUUUCAGGUCUGGAAUACCAUCCUUGCCGAUGUCAAUGGAAACAGUGAAAGCAUGCCUGGAUUUUUGCAAUUCAUGGCGCUUUUGUCCGCAGAAAUCUUUAACCGUGUGGGUGUCGCCGUUGCUGUUUAUGAAGUUCACGCGGGCGGCCGCUUUGACGCGACAAAUAUGUGGGACGAUACAAUGGUUUGUGGGUUCAACACCAUCGCCCUUGAUCAUGUUCCAAUGCUGGGAAACAAUGUCAAGGAGAUUGCUCGGAAUAAGGCUGGGAUAUUGAAGUCCGGAUGCCGCGCCUUUUCCGUUCAACAAUCAAACGAUGCGCGUCAAGAACUGGAGGCGGAGGCGGCACAGCUCAAAUGCGACUUGAACUUCGUUGAGACCAAUGAAUCACUCAUUCCCAAGGACCCCAGCGGCAAAGAUCUUCGGCCAGCAGAUCUCAACAACCUUCAGCUGGCAAUCGAACUUGCCAACGCAUAUCUGUUUUCCAAGCAUAACGGAAGACUAAGUUCAAAACACGUUGCCGAGGCGAUGCACAUCUACAACCUGCCGGGACGCGCACAGAUACUUGAGGAAACGGAGUCAUCGACACGAUGGUAUCUGGAUAUAGCACAUAAUGAUAUCAGUAUUCCGGUAGCGCUUGACUGGUUCAUCUCCGAAGUGUGGCAGGCUGGGCACCACCCCCGAGUACUGAUAUUUGGGGCUUCGUCAGCUCAGCGGAACACUGACGACGUUGUCAGAACGCUUGUUCGCAGCUGCAUUGCACGGGGUUUUACUUUCGACGAGAUCGUUCUCGCUAGCCAUCAAAGUUCUUUAGAUGAGUCCAUCCUGUUCACGAAAGACGUGGCUUGCAGAACUAUGGAUCUUUGGAAGGAGAUGAAGGUGGUGCCUUCGUUCCAAACUAUCGAGCAGGCUAUCAAGUCGAUAAGACAUGCCGAUCUUGGAUACCAGGUUCUCAUCACUGGAUCGGCUCAUCUUGUAUCGUCUGCGAUGCUAGCCAUGCAGUCACAGACAGAACGUUAG